AUGGCUCUCUCUGGCGGUCAGAAGAAUAGAGGAGAGUUGAGGAUUCAUGAGAGUUUGGAUGAACUAAGGACUGAUUUGGCAGACUAUGUUGCUGAGUUAUCAGAGGCAUCUGUGAAAGAGCGAGGAGUCUUUGCCAUUGCUUUAUCUGGUGGUUCUCUCAUUGGCUUAAUGGGAAAACUCUGCGAAGCUCCUUAUAACAAGACCGUGGACUGGUCCAAGUGGUAUAUCUUCUGGGCUGAUGAGCGUGUUGUGGCAAAAACCCACGCUGAUAGCAAUUAUAAGCUUGCUAAAGAUGGCCUUUUGUCGAAGGGUGGGACAGAGGGCACGUGA